ACCUAUCCUGACAGAGCCGGAAGCGAAGCUGUGGGAAAGCAAUUAGUCCACGUCAAGGAGGAAAAACACUACAGUUUUAACCGCUCAGACAGGGGAAACCUAAGAAAAUGAAAUACCGGACUGUGGCCACAGGGUUCAAAGGAAAGCAGCGAGGAUUCCAAGGGUCCCUUCGUCCUUACAGCCAAUGAGGGGCCUGAGAGGGAGGAGCUUGGGGCUGCUCGGUGCAGCUUGAGCUUCUGAGGGAAUCAUCCCCAGUAGACGCGGUGGAGCCUGAGCUGUGAAGCAUCUGUAACAGAACAAAAUUUUUAAAAAUAUAAACAAUAACAGAAGAGGAGAAACGCUGCAAACUAUGGAACGCUGUAAAACUUUCUGAAAUAUUUGCUGGGGAUUCCUGUGGAGUAUGAUAUUUUAAAACCAAUUCUUUUUGAAGCCGGUUUGGGUAACUGGGAAAAUGAUACAUAUGCUAAAUGCAGCAGCUGAUCGAGUGAAAUGGACCAGAUCAAGGGCUGCUAAAAGGGCUGCCUGUGUGGUAGCUGCAGCAUAUGCUCUGAAAACCCUCUAUCCCAUCAUUGGCAAGCAUUUAAAGCAAUCUGGCCACAGGAAGAAAAAAGGUGCUUACCCGGCUGCGGAGAACAGAGAAAUACUGCAUUGCACCGAGGCCGCUUGUAAAAAACCUUCACCUGGAGUGAAUGCAGAUUUUUUCAAACAGCUACUAGAACUUCGAAAAAUUCUCUUUCCAAAACUUGUGACCACUGAAACAGGAUGGCUCUGCCUCCACUCGGUAGCUCUAAUUUCAAGGACCUUUCUGUCUAUUUAUGUAGCAGGUUUGGAUGGAAAAAUUGUGAAAAGCAUUGUGGAAAAGAAGCCUCGGACUUUCAUCAUCAAGUUAAUCAAAUGGCUUAUGAUUGCCAUCCCUGCGACCUUUGUCAACAGUGCAAUAAGGUACUUGGAGGGCAAAUUGGCCUUGGCCUUCAGAACUCGCCUAGUAGACCAUGCCUAUGAGACCUAUUUUGCAAAUCAGACUUAUUAUAAGGUGAUCAAUAUGGAUGGGAGGCUGGCAAACCCUGACCAGUCUCUUACUGAGGAUAUUAUGAUGUUUGCUCAGUCGGUGGCUCACUUGUACUCCAAUCUGACCAAACCUAUUUUAGAUGUAAUCCUAACCUCCUAUACACUUAUCCAAACUGCUACAUCCAGAGGAGCAAGCCCAAUUGGGCCCACUGUUUUAGCAGGGCUUGUGGUAUAUGCCACUGCUAAAGUGUUAAAAGCCUGCUCUCCCAAAUUUGGUAAAUUGGUGGCUGAAGAAGCUCAUAGAAAAGGCUAUUUGCGGUACGUGCACUCCAGAAUCAUAGCCAAUGUUGAAGAAAUUGCCUUUUACAGAGGACAUAAGGUAGAAAUGAACCAACUCCAGAAAAGUUACAAAGCUUUAGCAAAUCAGAUGAACCUCAUUUUAUCCAAACGUUUAUGGUACAUCAUGAUAGAGCAGUUCUUGAUGAAGUAUGUUUGGAGCAGCAGUGGACUAAUUAUGGUGGCUGUACCUAUUAUCACUGCAACUGGCUUUGCAGAUGGUGAUCUAGAGGAUGGUCAGAAACAAGCUAUGGUUAGUGAACGGACAGAAGCCUUUACCACUGCUCGAAAUUUAUUGGCUUCUGGAGCUGAUGCUAUUGAAAGGAUUAUGUCUUCAUACAAAGAGAUAACUGAAUUAGCAGGCUAUACUGCUCGAGUAUACAACAUGUUUUGGGUUUUUGAUGAAGUAAAAAGAGGCAUUUAUAAGAGAACUGCUGUCUUGCAAGAGUGUGAAAACCAUAGCAAGGGUGGAGCUAACAUAGAAUUACCCCUCAGUGACACGUUGGAAAUCAAAGGAAAAGUUAUUGAUGUGGAGCAUGGAAUUAUUUGUGAAAAUGUUCCCAUAAUUACACCAACGGGAGAAGUGGUGGCUUCCAGACUAAACUUCAAAGUAGAAGAAGGAAUGCAUCUUUUGAUAACUGGUCCCAAUGGUUGUGGGAAAAGUUCUCUCUUCAGAAUUUUAAGUGGGCUCUGGCCUGUCUAUGAAGGAGUCCUAUAUAAACCACCUCCACAACAUAUGUUCUAUAUUCCACAAAGGCCAUACAUGUCUCUUGGAAGUCUUCGAGAUCAAGUAAUUUAUCCAGAUUCAGUGGAUGACAUGCAUGACAAAGGCUAUACAGACCAUGAUCUAGAUUGUAUUCUACACAGUGUUCAUCUCUAUCAUAUAGUUCAAAGAGAAGGAGGAUGGGAUGCUAUUAUGGACUGGAAAGAUGUCUUAUCAGGAGGGGAAAAGCAAAGAAUGGGCAUGGCUCGCAUGUUUUAUCAUAGACCAAAAUAUGCAUUGCUAGAUGAAUGCACCAGUGCUGUCAGCAUUGAUGUUGAAGGAAAGAUAUUUCAGGCUGCAAAAGGAGCUGGAAUUUCCUUACUUUCUAUAACACACAGGCCUUCACUUUGGAAAUACCACACUCAUUUAUUACAGUUUGAUGGUGAAGGAGGUUGGCGCUUUGAACAACUGGAUAGUGCUAUUCGUUUAACACUAAGUGAAGAAAAGCAAAAGCUAGAAUCUCAGCUAGCCGGAAUUCCCAAAAUGCAGCAGAGACUCAAUGAACUAUGUAAAAUUUUGGGAGAAGACUCAGUGCUGAAAACAAUAAAAAAUGAAGAUGAAACAUCCUAAUUUAUUCUGAUAUGUUUUAAAUGUUAAUUUUUAAUUAAAGGCUCAGAGACAUGGUUACAGUUCAUGCAUUGUGUUAAGCUAAGGACAGAGGGGGAAAAGGUAGCAAGAAAUGUUUUAUAAGAUUUUAGCAUCAAGGAAAUGUAUGAGCUGACUUUUCAGAAGAAAAUAUACAAAUGCAUUAUGUAAGAUUAAUCAUUAUGGCUUAUACUAAUUCCUAAUGAAAGACUAAUUCAUAUGUAAAGCAGGAUUUUCUAGGUGAGUUAGCAAAUUUGCUAUGUGUAUGUGAUGUGUCUGAAAGACUUGACAAACAUGAGACCGAUCUUGAGGAUAGACAACUUAAGAACAAUGUUUGCGUUGAAACCAUGUGCAUAAAAAUAGAAGUUUGAGUGACAUUUUUGUCCAUUUAUGGUUGUUAGAUUUAACAGCUAGAAUCUAUGUUCCUUUAUUGAUAGUGGUCAACUAAACCUGUGUACACAAUAGUUUGAUUGAUAAUUUCAACAUGAAAAAAUUCUUUUAAUGACAGUGGUUGAAAGAAAGAAGCAGGGCUAUGCUUCUUUUAUAUGUAAAAAAUAUCCUGUUUUAAAUUUUGAGCAUCUCAAUGUGGGCACAUAACAAGUUCAUUUUAAUGAGAAUCUUACGUAUUUAUUAGUAAACUUUUUCAUUCUAAAAAGAGAAUUGCCAAUAUAGAAAAGGAGUAGCCAAACAAUGUUUGUCUCAGCCUGUUACUUUGCUUGAAAGGAUUAUUUAUUGCAAAUUCUGUCCAGAAAUACUUAGCUUGUUUUUAUGUUCAAAGGAGUCCACCACAUUUUAAAAAUAGCAGUGCUAUAAGAAUAGAGAGAUUUUCAAAAUCAGAGUAAUAAUAUACAUUGAAAUAAUACUUUAUAAUCUGCAAUUUAUAAUAAUUUACAAUCCUCAUUUACAUCACUUCAUUUUAAUCCUUAUGGCAAACUUUUGAGGCAGAUAUUAUUUUUCCUAGUUUGCUUUUGAGAAAAUUGACACUCAUAUUUGCCUUAAUCAGGCAAAUUUAUUUAAGGGCAAAUCCCAGGCUCAAAUAAAGUUUUCCUGUUUCCCUGGUUCAGUGCUAUUUUCACUAUUAUCCUUGAAAUUCAACUGGGCUGUAGUAGCAAUAAAAGAUGAGAUGUUGUAAAGAGAAUAAAUUUAGUAAUGCUAGUAUUGUCAUUACUUGAUUAUUGUCUAUAAGAUAUGGAAAUUAAGUAUAAAAUGGAAAGGUCAUUGGCCUGUGGCUUAAAAUGGGGCAGGAAUGUUAGAAAAAUCUUUCAACAAUAUGCACUCUUAUUCAAUAUUAAUGUACCCCUACACCCAGCAAUCAAAAGGGGAACUGUUAUGUCACUUUAAUAUUUAUUGAACAUAAUGAGAAAUAAUCUGUAUGGAAUAGUCUUAUGAGAUAAAUCUUACAUAUUUGAUUGCCCUGGAGUUAGUAUGAAAGCCAGGACUACCGUUUUAAUCUCCUACUGCCUGUGUGGCCAUUGAUAGGCCAGAAAAAGUGGAAAUACUCAGUUAUUAGUGGUUUAGGAUUUUAUUUGCGUACUUAGACACAGCCAUAAUAGAUGCUAAGUCAGUGACUCUCAGACCUUUUCAAUCGGUAGAAGACCUGGAUGUCAUUCAUGGUGCCUAUGAUAGAACACCAUAACAUUUCACAUUUUCAAUUCUUUGAUGCUGACAUUUUUAAUUAUCAGUAAAUGUAACCACCUUACUUGAAAGAAUAUAAUAUAAAAAUCAAAACCAGUACAUCUAAGUUUUUCUGUUAGUAUCAUUAACUGCUCAUUUAUUCAUUUGUCAGUUACUACUACUUACUAUUAGAAAGGUGAGGCAGGCAUCAAAGGUUUUAUAAAAAAUGCAUGGAACUAAAACUUGAGAAAUAUUAUUCAUUUGUCUAAAUUAUGUAUUAAUAGUUAUCCAGUUUAUACCACUGUAGGGAAAAGUCUGGGGUGGUUAUUGAAGUUAAUUUUUAAAGGUAGAAGAAGAAAAUUAAAAGUUCUCAUUUGAAACAUUUGCAUAAUUUUUAUGCCUUAAUUUUCUUAAUUUGAAAAUAAAGCAUUUAGGAAAAAAUACAUUGUGUUUGAAACUUUGAAAAGAAUGCCAAAGCAAAUAUUAGAUUUUUAAUUAGCCCUUAUUUAAUAUAUCCUACCAACUGGCUGAAGUAAAGAACUCAUAAUUUAUAAUGUACAGGAUUCAAGGAUUUUUUAAAUUCUGUAUUGAAAGCUGUACACAUUGCAGUUUAAAUGUUAAGAGUUCUAAAAGAAACAUAUUUUGCAUGCACAUUUUGUGUCCAUUUAUUUUCUGAAUUUUCUUCCAGGACCAAUAUCCCCUAACUUGGAGGGGAAAAAACUGUAAUUUGAAUUUGUAUUUAUGUUUCAUUUAAGUUUUUACAAAAUGGUCCAAUGAGUAUACCAUGUUUUACUAUUCUUAUAGUUAAAUUUUGAGAAAAAUGUGAGUAAGAUUGAUAAAUAAAAUAGCCAUCUUUGAAUAUAGCAUCCAUGUAUAUAGCCAUCUUUGAAUUAUAGGUGAGGAAUGGAAAAAGAAGGAUAUUUCAAUUUUCAAAUGAAUCUAUUUGCCCAAAUUAUUUUGACAUCUGUUUUAUUUUGUUUUGGUUAAAAAAAAAGCCUAUGAAUUUAUAGAUAUUGAUUUUUGAAUGUGUUGUUUUUGGUUUAUAAACUUGGAAAGUAAGUUGCAUUCUAUGAAAAUGUUGCAUUAUAUUUCUACAGCAUGUAAUGUUAUGCCAAGCAUGAGUCUAAAAUAGUGUGUGUUCUUGUAAACAAGAUCAUGUGUGAAAAUCUCUCUCCAUUAAUCUCAAGGAGAACAAUAUAUCUUGAAAUUCAACUGGAGUUUACAUUUGUUUCUGAUAGGAAUGGUUAUCCCCUGAUAAUAUUUUAGUUUUUGUGUCAAAUUUUGUUCUUCCAGUACAGGUAUAAAUGACCAUGUUAAUUUUGUUUUGAGACUUUGAUUCCAAGUAUAAUUUCAUGUUUGGCAAUAGUCUUAGCCUAUUUCAAUAGCUUUUAAUCUGUUUGGAAUAGUUUUUUUGACUCAAUAAGCCUAGAAAAGUUUGUUACAUAUUGGAACCCCUAUCCAGAGAAUGUUACAUAUUUCUGAGAUAUGCAUAAAGUGGUAAUCACUUUUAUUAAAAGAGAUGUCUUUGAUAUAA